AUGGCUUUGAAGAGCCCCAAGAGCGGAAAUAGUACCGAGUGCCACUACUGGGGUUACUCCUUCCAUUGGACGGACCUCCACUCCUCUGCCGAUGACCUUAAAUCGUUGAUAUACAGCUGUGACUCCCUAGCUGAUGAAUGCGUGGAGCGUUUAAGCAAAAUUGCAUCCGGUGAUGACGGUGCCGAUAAACGACCUUUUAAGAGGGACCUAUAUGGCUUAUUGAGGGAGCAUGCGAACGAGGAUCCGAAGCUCAGUAAGCUCUGGACUGGGAUCAACACAGUUCCGGAGUGGGUUGACUGGGAUCAAAUCGAGCGGGGCCAGGAUGUCUUUUUUCGCUAUGGUCUUCCGAUUCUCAAUGUUCUCAGCUUUGAAAGUUUACUUGGUGGAAUGGGAGCAAUGCGAGUUGUCGAAACCCUUUCACGGACUGGCGGUUUCGGGGCAAAGGUAGUACGCCGACGGUUACUAGAGACACUUCAGCAUGUACUUCAGGUUAACAAUUCAGCGGAAGGCAUGAAGCCAGGAGGUGAUGGUCACAUCUCAUGUGUUCGUGUCCGACUGCUUCAUUCAUCCGUCCGUAAGAGGAUCCUAAGCCUGGUUGAGCAAAACCCUGAAUACUACGAUCUCGACAAGUACGGAACACCGGUAAAUGACCUCGACUGCAUUGGAACAAUCAACACAUUUUGCAGCGCGGUAGUAUGGCUCGGUCUUCCUCGACAGGGCAUCUAUCCCAGCCAGCAAGAAACGGAUGACUACAUCGCACUAUGGAGGUUGGUUGCGUACUAUAUGGGUACACCAACGGAUCCCUUUGAGAGCACAGCAAAGGCUCGUGCAAUGAUGGAGUCGCUUCUGAUUUCCGAGAUCGAUCCUACUGAGACUGGAAAGGUCCUGGCGAAGAAUAUCAUCAUUGGCUUGGAGAAUACGGCCCCGGCGUUCGCAUCCAAGGAAUUUAUGGAGGCCAUGACUAGACUCCUUAAUGGAAACCAACUUGCCGAUGAGCUUGAUAUCCCUCGGUCUAAUCUAUACUAUCGCAUGUUGAUUUGGGGAUAUUGUUUUUGGGUCAUGGUUGUUUCAUACAUUGUGCCAAAGAUAUAUUUCAUCGACAGGAUUCUAAUUUCGCUCCGUCGAAGGUACUACUACAAACUCAUUCUCGAUGACAAGAUGGGUCUCGGGGAGGAGACGCGUUUCGAGUUCAAAUACGUGCCUAGUCUCACUCGCACCACUCGCCUGGGCGAGCGAAGAAAUACGAAAUUUGAGAGACCCGGCAUUGAAAGCUUAGCACGCCUGGGUCUUCUCGCAGCCUUUACUGCAGUAGCAACUUUGGGCAUAGGAUUUGUCUUUGCCGUUAGGAUGAUCCCUUCCCAGUUUUUUAUGGUUUGUACAUGA